AUGACGGACGCAUUGAUUGCUGGCCGAGGUGGCGGCAGUGGCGGCGGCACGGGCAGUGGCAACACUGAUCCUGGACCCUCUACCGCAAGGACCACGGGCAAUGGAGAAGGCAGCAGCCGGUCUGUCGGCGUUCAGCAUUCUGUUGACGGGCCACGGCUGCAGUCUCUAGUCGAGAUCAUGCGAAGACCUUCCACCAGGCCGCCGUCUCCGGUCGUGCUCAGGCAGAUGCCCUCGCUUGUGGAGCAAAAGCCGGCCCUGAACCCCAAGGAAGACCUGUGGCUUUCUACAGCUGACGAUCGCUAUACUUCGCCAAUUAUCCCCAUACGCGUCGGGGAGCUUCCUGAUAUUCAGACCUUCUACGUGCACCGAGACAUAUUGGUGGCACAUGACUGGUUCAAAGCAGCAUUGUCUGGCAACUUCAAGGAGAGUGCUGAUCAAGCCUUGGACCUCCCCAAGCAGGACCCAGCAAUUUUUCACUUCUUAGUGGCAUUUCUGUACGAGGGACAAUUUGACCCCCUCCAACCCAUUGCCAGUGCCCUUGUCCCCGACAACGAUAAAGGCAAAGGCAGGGACACGGGCCUCGAAGAGCAAGCGUCAGACGAAGACUCUGCUACGAGCUUGGGAAGCGAUACUAGUGCACGCUCCCAGCAGCGUAGGGAGCGAAGGCGGCGGAGAGCAGAACGCCAGAUCGAGCGCUUGCGCGAAAAGCACCCAGGUCAACACCGGCCUGAGUGUAAUUGCCAACAGUGCAUUAUCAGCGGCGGCCCCCCUUGCUGGGCUUGCGGUGCUGGGCGAGCGCCGCCCAGUGUGGUUUCGCCUGGGUAUAGACCUGCGGACAACUGGCGUGCUCUGCCUAGACGAAAUCGUCAAGGUGCGCAGGAGCAGCGAGCCGCCAACGGAGCCCGCGGUAUCGGCGGCGGCGGUAAUAAUGGCCCUGGACCCGUGGAGCCGCCCGACCCGUACGGCGGCGGUCGCAUCAAGGGCGAGGACCUGCAGACCUGGCUGCUCGCCUACGAACUCUGCAUCGAGGUGUACAUCUGCGCCGACACGUACCUGAUGGAGGAGUUCAAGGCCGAGGUGUCGCGGCGGACGAUCGACAUGCUCGAGACGGCGGGCUCGGACGCCGCGCAGCCGCGGGUCCUGCAGUCGUGCGCCCGGCUGGUCCACAACGUGGGCGAGGCGGACUGCCUGUCGCGGAUGGUGCUCGCGCGGGCCGGCUUCCUGCAGUCGCUCCUCUGGAGCCGCUUCGCGGAGGAGACCAACGAGUUCCUGAUGGCGAACCCGGACGUGGCGGCGCUGAUGCUGCGCGAGAUGGCGGCGCGGCGCGAGGACGAGCCGAGCGGCCGGACGCUGCCCAGCAUGCACCGGCCGAUGCCGCCGCCGAUGGGAGCCGCCUGGCAGCAGCCCCUGCCGCACCACGCCCACCUGCAUGGCACUAUGUGGGAUGCGUACGGCGUACAGACGCGCCAUAACCUCAGGGGGGCGCGGUUCUAG